AUGAUUGGUGAGUCAAAUGAGACUAUUGUUUUUAUGAAUGAUAAUUCUUUUACAGGUCUUGUUGACAGUGGAUCAAUGGUAACAACAUUGUCAUUUUCAGGUUACAAUUCCAUGACAAAUCAACCAGAGUUAAAGGAUUUAUCUAACCUGGGUUUAGAGGUGUCUGUCGCAGAUGGUUCUCUAUUGAAAUACAAGGGAUAUAUAGAGUGUAGUGUAAAAAUUCCAUUUAUGGAUGUAGAGUUAUUUGUCCCUGUUUUAAUUGUACCAGACACUGAUUUCAAUAGAACAUGUCCUAUGAUCAUUGGAACUAAUGUGUUGAGAAUUUGUAGAGAUUUGUUGGGUGAAGAUUCCAAUGAAAUGAAAAUAGCUCCAAAGGAAUGGAGAGUAGCAUUAAAGAGUAUGCAGGGUAAGUGUUACCAUGUCAAAUCAGUGUGUAAGAAACCCAUUAUAGUACAACCAAAUGAAUCUACUGUAGUUAAGGGCCGUGUUAGAGGUUUACCGGGUAACAACAUGACAAUGGUUUCUGAAAACUGUGAUAAUAUGAAUAGGUUUACAGUUUGUCCAAGGGUAGUUAAGUUUUCUACACCUAAUACAAAGUCUACAGUGCAAGUCAAGAUUUGUAAUAUAUCUGCUAAACCCAUAUCAGUUAGGCAUGGCACUGUACUUUGCAAUCUCCAAGAGGUGAAGGUUGUAGAUAAUUUUCCUGCAUUAAAACCCAAAUCUGAGGUGUGUGACCCUAUUGAACUUGGAAUUAAGGUUGACUCAAGUGUUCUCACUGAAGAUCAGUUCAAUACUGUGAGAAAUAUCUUAAAAGAGUACAGUCACAUAUUUUCAACAGGUCCAUUAGAUCUUAGAAGAACUGAUCUAGUCAAACAUUCGAUAGAAUUAGAGGACAGAAAACCGUUUAAACAACCGUAUCGCAGAAUUCCUCCGGGAAUGUAUGAGGAAGUCCGCCAACACGUGCGCGAGAUGUUAGAUGCCGGAGUCAUUCGCGAAUCUAAUAACAAUUAUUCCUCAAACGUGGUACUGUGUCAGAAAACAGACGGAUCAUUGCGGUUUUGUCUUGACAUGAGAAUGCUUAACUCAAAAACUCGAAGGAUUGCUAUAUGCUUCCUCGAAAGUGGUAUUCAAACAGACCCAGAGAAAUUAUCCGCUGUUCGUGAUUGGCCCACACCUUCCAACAUCAAACAACUCCGCCAAUUCCUAGGAUUUGUGGGAUACUAUAGGCGCUUCAUUGAACAUUUUGCCGAGAUAGUAGCUCCAUUAAAUGCUUUACUUCAAGGACAUGGUGUGAGUACCAAGCAGAAGAGGAAAAAGAAGACAAAUAAAGCAGUCAAGUGGCAGUGGAGAGAGAGAGAAGAAGAGGCAUUCCAGACAGUAAAGAGCAAGCUACUAGAACCCCCUAUACUGGGAUUUGCCAAUUACAAAUUGCCAUUCAUCUUACAUACAGAUGCUAGCAUUCAUGGAUUAGGGGCUGUUCUUUACCAGGUUCAGCAAGGUAAGAAAAGAGUAAUAGCCUAUGCCAGCCGAGGUUUGAGGUCGAGCGAGCGGAACUAUCCAGCUCACAAACUGGAGUUCUUGGCACUCAAGUGGGCGGUCAGUGAUAAAUUUCAUGAUUAUCUUUAUGGUACUUCUUUUCAAGUGAUCACUGAUAAUAACCCCCCAACCUAUGUGCUCUCUAAAGCCAAGCUAGAUGCUACUAGCCAAAGGUGGGUUGCUGCUUUAGCAGGCUAUGAUUUUACUAUAGCAUACAGACCUGGUCAGCAGAAUGCUGAUGCAGAUGGGUUGUCUAGGAAGCCGGAGCUCUUCUCUGAUGCUAUUAAGGCCAUAUGUCAGUCAGUAUUAUGUGGUGUUCCAUAUUGCCAGACAAUUAUAGAUGACUCUUUAUCAGAUUCAGCUUGUUUUGAGGAUGAAGAAUCCCAUUAUCUUAGUGACAUUCACUGGAGAAGAGAGCAGGAGAAGGACAAGGAUCUAGCAAGAGUUAUAGAGUUGAAGAAACAAGGAUUUUAUCACAAUAGAGUGAAGAUGAAGAAAGAAGAUUAUUCAGUCCAGAGAUUUUUCCGGGAAUGGAAGAAACUUUAUUUGAAAGAUGGAAUUCUCUACAGGAAGGCAAUUAUAGAUGAAAGAGAGGUAAGUCAGCUGGUGAUCCCAAAGGUAUAUCGUGAGGUAGCUUUCCAAGGUAUUCACAGAGAUACAGGUCAUCCUGGGAAGGAAAAGACAUUGUGGUUAGCUAGGCAAAGGUAUUUUUGA